AAAGCCUCCGAGCCGAGCACAGCACCAAGUCUUGCCUGGUUGUUUUUUUUUAGAAGUGUGGCUCAGAUUUGCUCCAUCGCCCUCCAAACGUCUCAUCGGAGCCACUUUGAAGCGUCGAGAGGCUUUCUGCGAGCGCCCUUUACUCUGCAGUGCAGUGCUGUGGUGUUGACACUCAUGUGGAACACGCUAAGGAUAAGCUAGCUUUUGCUAACGUUGGCUAGCAAAGCGAGCAUACAAUGCGUCACAAAUUAAGUCAUUUCCAGCACCCAAAUACACUUGAAAACUAUUGUUUAUAAACGGUUGCGUGAUAAGUGAUCGGCCAUUCUAGCAAACGGGGAGGGUACUGUGGGCAAAAUAACGCCAUUGCUGACGCCGUGAAUGAAGCGGACAUUGGCUAAUGCUAAGCUAGUUCCUUCGACGCGAAACAAUACAAUGUUCAAUAAAGAGUCUGCCACAGUUUAGCUUUUGACAAACAUUUCUCCACUGUUUAACAUUAUAGAUUAAACAACGCAAGAAGGAAGCAGAUAACACUCAAUAAGCGUCACUUUUGGCCACACUAGGCCAUAGCGAUUAAUAACACAGGGGUCUGGUGUAUUUGCUGGAGUGCGCUACUUCCCUGUUGGGAGUUCCGCGCUAUUACAUACUGUUUAAUUUGUCACACUUUAUCACAUUACGUCUCAUCGAGCUUAGGUACUCUGCUUUAUAAUACGCCAUCUUACUACAAAGCAGUUGUUGUGAGUAUUAAACCGACACAUUAGCACUCGAACGCCCAGUUUGCUUCAGGAAUUAGCCAUCGCCCAGUCUUCCGUUUAAGUAGGGUUGUUUAGUUUAAUGAGGACUAGCAAACUAGUUUUACAAGCCACACGGAACUCCUCAUGUGCAAUAGCCUCCGAAUGGAUUUCAUGUUUAAUUAGAUGUGAGAACUGUGUCAUAAAAUAGCAAAUGGUUGUUUACAGUGAUCCCAUUUUUAACUGCAUGCAUGUAUUUAUUUAUAGUUGUGCACAGUGACUGGCUAGUAGUGACUAGUAGUAGUAGUAGUAGUAGUAGUACGGCUGCAAACACAGGCCUACUGUUUCCACCAAGAGAGUUUCAGGCCUGGUAAAUAGAGCUGGGACUUCUCCUCUGAGGAAGAAAUGUGCCUGCUUGAUGGCUUCCACCAGUUAAUAUGGAACCUAAUGGCUGCCCAGAUUGCCAAACAUACCAAGGUGUCUUUUGGAAAUGGAGUAUCGGUUGCAAGGAAGCCAAGCGGGCGAAGCAGCUCCUCCUGCACAGAUCACACAGCUUGUGCGGAUUAGCAAACAUGACUUAAUCUGAAAACGUGGGUGCAGCAAUGGAGGAGAAGAUGAAAGAUAGAUAUUGUUGAAAGGCCUCGCUGCGCCUAAUUCAGUGGCGGACACAGUAGAGUUUCUAUGAGUGUAUGUUUCACAGGGGAUUAGGGCUGCAAGGGCACAUUAGAAUCAUCAUCUUUGCGCGUUGCAUUUUAGACUUUGUGGGAUUUUCUCCUCCUCCACCUCCUGCAGCCUAUCUCCAUCAUGAGACUUCCAUUUCAUUGCACGCAAGAUUGCCCUACAGCUUAUUUUUCAUGCAGCACAUUACAUGUUUGGAUCCACAGUGUGCCUACACAUCUAUCUGUCCAUACAAGAUGGAUUUGACUUCAUGCAUUGUUGUAGCAGCAGUGGCAGUAACCACAACCGACCAUAGAGAGGCGCUGCUUUCCUAGUGAUUGGUGCAUCAGUGGAAUAGACUCCUCACAGCUGAAGAAAAGAGAACCUCGCUCGCUGUGGCCACACUCUCUGCAAAAAAAAAAAAAAAGAUGACUCCCCAGCCCCCCAUCAUCACACCACAAACACAAGGACGGCUUGCUUUCAUACUGCAAAUUCAAGGCGGACAAGCAGCCCAAAGUGUGCUCCUGCUUCGGGGGGGUCAAAUUACGCACAGAGGCAACUGGGAGGGACUUGCUGUGCAUGUGGACGAAAAGAAGGAGUCCUCCCUCCUCCUCCAUCCCGUCUCCCUUAUAUAUUUGUGGGAUGUGUACCUUUCAGGGAUUCCAAUGCAAAUCUCAUAACUGUGAGUGUUGCCUUGAUUGAAAACGACGGCUCCUUAAGAUCCGGUUCUUUUCAAAGAGCCAUAAAUCACAUACCGGACCACACGUUUUGGCCAGUCACUUACAUUAACAGAAAAGGCUCGCUCACUCUAAAGAACCGAACUCAACUCAAUCAUUCACUUCAAAGAGCCGGAUCGUUCGCGAACGACUCCUCACUACUCCUGCUCCUCCUUUACGGUGUCCGGGCGUCUUUCCGGGGCAGUCCGCGGUGAGAGGGACACCUGGCAGCGGCAGAGACUCGCUUCCCCGGGGCAGGCACGAGUCGAGCGUCUCGGCUUGCUGAUCUUAUUACGCGCCAUCAUGUUGGCCAGCAGCGGGAAGUCAGCGGCGCCCUCCCCGAGGGAGCAAAGACCCAAAGUGGCCGAGAAGACCAUGGAUCCCAUUCGGAGACUCGGGCUGCUGGACAACGAGGACGUCCGCGUCAUGAUGCAGGGCUCCAACAUGGUCAAAGUGCGUUCCCCGAGGUGGCAGAAAAGCCGAAAUCUGCGUCUGCUGGAGGACGGGCUCACCGUGUGGUGCGAGUCGACCAAAAGCUCCCGCAAGGCCAAGGCCCGCCAGACGUUUGCGGUGACCGAGGUGGAGUGCGUGCGCGAGGGCUGCCAGUCGGAGGCGCUGAGGCGUCUGUCCGGGUCGUUGCCGGACAACCGCUGCUUCACCGUGGUUUUCCGGGGUGCCAGGAAGAGUCUGGACCUGCUGUGCCCGUGCGAGGAUGAAGCGCAGCGGUGGGUGCGCGGGCUGCGCACCUUGAAGGAGCGCGUGGCCAACAUGACUCAGAAGGAGAAGCUGGACCAUUGGAUCCGCGGCUACCUGCGGCGAGCGGAUCAGAACCAGGACGGCAAGAUGAGCUACGACGAAGUCAAGCGUCUGCUCCAGAUGAUCAACAUCGACCUGAGUGAGCAGUACGCUCGCUCUCUCUUCAAGAGAUGCGACCGAUCCGGGGACAGCCGCCUUGACCACAACGAGAUCGAGGAGUUCUGCAGGGAGCUUCUACGCCGACCCGAGCUGGACGCCGUCUUCCGCCACUACUCCAGCAACGGCUGCGUGCUCUCCACCGCCGAACUGCGUGACUUCCUCGGCGACCAGGGCGAGGACGCGUCCUUGUCCCACGCUCAGAGUCUCAUACUCACCUACGAGCUCAACGACUGGGCUCAGAGGAACCAGUUCAUGACCCAGAACGGUUUCACCAUGUACAUGCUCUCGGGGGAGAAUGACAUCUUCAACCCCGACCACGCCAGAGUCUACCAGGACAUGAGGCGCCCCCUGGCGCACUACUUCAUCUCCUCGUCCCACAACACCUACCUCACCAAAGACCAAGUCACCAGCGCCAGCAGUACCGAGCCCUACAUCCGGGCUUUGAAUCAAGGCUGUCGCUGUGUGGAGCUGGACUGCUGGGAUGGCGACAAAGGCGAACCGGUCAUAUACCACGGCCACACGCUCACCUCCAAAGUGCCUUUCAAGGAGGUCAUUGAGACCAUUGCCCAAUACGCCUUCAAGGCGUCCCCGUACCCUCUGAUCCUGUCCGUGGAGAACCAUUGUUCCGUGGAGCAGCAGGUGGUCAUGGCCAAACACCUUCACAACAUCCUGGGAAGCAAACUGCUCACCAAGCCCCUCGGUGGCCAGACUCUCAAGGAUCUGCCGUCGCCUGAGGAUUUACGGGGACGUAUCCUGGUCAAAGGGAAGAAGCAGAUCCCUCACCUGGGCCAGCUGGCCAAGAAUGGCAGCUACGGCAGCUUCUCUUCCAGCUCUGAAGACGAGCAGGCGAGCAACAACAAGAACACGCCCAAGAAGGACCCAGCCAAGGCCUGCUCCAAGCUGAGCGUGGAGCUAUCUGAGCUGGUGGUCUACUGCCGCAGCGUCCCUUUCUGCGGUUUUGGCAACGUGUGCGAAAAACCACCCGAAGAAAUGUCCUCCUUCUCGGAGAACGACGCCCUCAAGCUCAUCAAAGACUCGGGCAAGCUUUUUGUAAGACACAACAGCAGGCAGCUGAGCCGGAUCUACCCCUCCGGCCAGCGACUGCAGUCAUCCAACUAUGAUCCCCAGGAAAUGUGGAACGGAGGCUGCCAGAUGGUGGCUUUAAACUUUCAGACCCCCGGCGAGCAGAUGGACCUGAACCAGGGACGCUUCCUGCCCAACGGCCGCUGCGGCUACGUGCUGAAGCCCGGCUUCCUGUGCAGCAGGGAGUCCGACUUCAACCCGGAGAACACGGGCGGCGGCCCCGGCCACAUCCCCACCCAGCUGACUAUACGAGUAAUAUCAGCGCAGCAGCUUCCAAAAAUCAAUACGAACAAGGCAAGCUCCAUCGUGGACCCGCAGGUGUGGGUGGAAAUCCACGGGGUGGGCAUCGAUAACACCCGAGACAAAACCCACCGCAUUGACAACAACGGUUUCAACCCACGCUGGGACUGCACGCUCAGCUUCCAGCUGCAGGUCCCCGAGCUGGCCUUGGUGCGCUUCAUGGUCGAGGACCACGACCACACGGCCAAAAACGACUUUGUGGGACAGUACACCUUACCGUUCACGAGCCUGCGCACAGGUUACAGACACGUCCACUUGCUGAAGGGGGACGGGUCUAGGCUGUCCCCAGCCACGCUCUUCAUCCACGUCAAGGUGGCACGCAAAGGAGUUCCCAUCAAAAAUGUGUCUGACAGUACGACUUCUCUGAAAGUGUGACUUCCAUCGGAAGCGUCAACUCACCGACUAACAUUAUCACCGAUUAACACGACGGCACUAACUGCAAUCUAGGAAGAUAUGAAGGACAAAAAAAAAUUAGUUUGAUUGAAUUUCUCUUAUUGUACUUUGGCACUUUUUAUGUCUCUCGAACAUUUUUACCUCCACAACUUGAACUUAAUAAGCAGUAUUAUCUCCCAAGACAAAUGUUUACUCGUCCUCUACAUGCUACAUUUCACAUAAGCUUACCAGAUGAGUCAAUGUCUGACUUUUAUUUGUUGCUGACAAACCUUUCUUGUCCUCUUGUGUUGCCAAAAUAUUGCUAAUUCAUUGGCUGGUCUUUCUGGUGAAUUGUUAAAUCGUCCCUAUAAAAUGAAGUGUUGCACAUUACUGAAGGAGUUCUUAAUUUAAAUCUUGCAGUAUUACCAGUUGUUAACAUAUGUUUAGUUUUAUGCAGUGGUUUAUUUAUUGUAACUAAUUACAUAACACAAUACUGUUUUAUUAUACAUCGAUCAACUCAAAGUCAUUAAUAAUGUUGGAUAAUCCUCUGUGUUUAUUCUUAAUGUGUUUUAUAACAAAGCACUUGUUAGUGCCGGUUGUCCUUACUUUGUAAUGCAAUUCCCCAUUGUCCUCCAGCAAGUGCCAAUAAAGUUUUAUUAAUACA